AAUUAAAUAAAAAAAAACAACAUUCAUCAUUUAGUAUUUGCGCGUUUCUUCUAUAUUCGGCUCAACUAUUAGCCUCCACAUGCACACCCUCCAUCAUUACAUGAUUUCUUUAACAUCUGCUCCUUGUAUUAUGUGCCUUUGAAAUCGCUGCAAUGAGACCAAUGUGGAGGUUUAGUCAUUACAGGCUUGUAAUGCCGAUGAUUCUGGCUGUUGUGUUGGUUUUUCAACUGAAUUUUAGUUUGUGUUGGUGUCUGAAUUCUGAAGGUGUGGCCUUGUUGCGGUUUCGUGAGGGAGUUGAGAAUGAUCCGUUUGGGGUUUUGUCUAACUGGAAUUGUGAUAGAAGGGAUUCUGAUCCUUGUUCUUGGUUCGGAAUCGGAUGCUCUGAAGGCCGUGUCACAAGUUUAAAUUUGAAAGAUCUUUGUCUAGGAGGAACUCUGGCUCCUGAAGUUGGGAAGCUGGCCAAAAUAAAAUAUAUUAUCUUACGCAACAACUCAUUCUACGGAACUAUUCCUGAAGAUUUUGGCAAACUGAGGGAACUGGAACAUUUGGAUUUGGGAUAUAAUAAUUUCAGUGGCCCGUUUACCUCUAAACUUGGCGAUCAUCAUUCACUUUCAAUUCUCCAGUUGGACAAUAAUAAGUUCCUUGGUAGAUUGUCUCCAGAACUUAACGAUCUGAAGAUGCUUUCUGAACUUCAAGCAGAUGAGAGAACUAAUCAUAGUACUCGAGAUAGCUGCAGUAACAUAUAUGCUUCUUGGAGCAUUGUGCGGCCUGGACAUAUAGCUCAGAGAAAGCUGCACCAAGUCACAGAGCCAACUUCCAGUGAACAGAUUGAGAAUUCGGGAAUUCUGUCACCUUCCUUGGCACCAUCUCCAUUUAUAUCCGCUCCAGGUCCACCAGUCUCAUCUAUAUCAGAACCUCCCUCAACGUCUUUUUUGUCUCCAUUUGGUUCUCCAUCUCCUUCACCCUCACCUAUCCAGUCUCCCAGUCCUGCUCCAAUAUCCACAACUCCUCCACCAGUUAAUAAUUCCCAAAAUCCAGGGAACCAACCUGCUUCAUCACCUUCCCCGGCUUCAAGUCCUAGCCACACAGUAAAGAAAUCAAAGCAUUAUACGAUUAUGAUAGCGUCUGGAGUUGUUGGUGGUUUUGUAUUCCUUUUCUUAUCAGCAAUUGGCAUUGGUUUUUGUCGAAGACAUAAAGUGAUUACUGUAAGACCAUGGGCCACUGGGUUAAGCGGGCAGCUGCAGAAAGCAUUUGUAUCAGGUGUGCCAAAACUCCAGCGUUCAGAACUUGAAAUUGCCUGUGAAGAUUUCAGUAAUAUAAUCGGCUCUUUAUCAGAUGGCAUAGUGUACAAAGGGACUCUGUCAAGCGGAGUUGAAAUAGCAGUGACAUCUACGGCAGUAAAAUCAGUCGAAGACUGGUCAAAGAGUUCAGAAACCCAAUUCAGGAAAAAGAUUGACAAACUAUGUAAGAUGAAUCACAAAAACUUCGUGAAUCUUAUUGGAUUCUGUGAAGAAAAGCAGCCUUUCACAAGAAUGAUGGUUUUUGAAUAUGCAACAAAUGGAACACUGUUUGAGCAUCUACACAUAAAAGAAGCAGAACACUUGGACUGGGGAAUGCGACUCAGAAUAGCUAUGGGCAUAGCAUACUGCCUCGAGUAUAUGCACCAGCUCAACCCACCCGCAGCCCAUGCAAAUCUGCAAUCUUCUUCUAUAUAUCUGACCGAAGAUUAUGCAGCCAAGAUUUCUGAUUUCAGCUUCUGGAACGAUGCAACAGCAGGAAAGAUGGAAUCAGUCAGCACAGAACUCUUGGAGACCUCAGUGUCUGAUCCUGAAAGCAAUGUCUACAAUUUCGGUGUCAUUUUGUUUGAAAUAAUCACAGGUAAGCUUCCAUACUCCCAAGGCGAUGACUCUUUUGUGAACUGGGCAUCAGCUCAUUUGAGUGGCACACGGAAACAACCACUCCGAGCAAUGGUUGAUCCAACUUUAGUAUCUUAUGAUGAAGAGCAACUUCAGAAGCUGUGUGAAGUGAUCAAAGUCUGCGUCCAUCCAGACCCGAAGAAACGACCAACUUUCAAAGAAAUCACAGCAAAUCUAAAAGAGAUAACAGGCUUAGGCCCUGACGGAGCAACGCCUAGAGUAUCACCUCUCUGGUGGGCAGAACUGGAGAUUCUGUCGACAAGUUCAACUUAGAAGGUGUUUUAUUAUGUGACAAAUGUUCUAUUCAUUUCUUUCUUCAACUCUUACAACUACAUUGGUUUAGAGAAAUUUGGUUUAUGCCCCAGUCAGUUCGUGCGGUUAUGUUUUAAUUUUGGUUCUGUCUUGUUUGAUUAUUGUGUCAAAUUGCUUGUAGAUAAACUGACCUGGUCACCGGCUUGAUAUUGAUUGUUAAUUUUUGCUGUAUCAGAGAACAUGGAUAUAAUUAAUGAUGAACUUAUGGGU